UACAGUCUUAAAAACAUGAACCUAUAUAAACCCGGGCAAGCGGCCUCGACAGAACGCAUCACCACAAGCAUCAUGAACGGCAGAUACGUUGCUAUCACGCUCCUUCUGUGUCUGAUAUGCCCUGCAUAUGUGAACGGAUGGUGGUUUUCAAGGAAAAAGGUGUCCAAAGUGUCUGGGGUUACCAUCGCCAGCACAGCUAACAAGUACAUAGGCAGCACCAAGUGGUCUAAAGCCUCCACACACAGGACCGGGGCAAACACCAACAAAUGUAACAUCUUCGUCGCUGAAGUCCUGGAGGAAGCUAAAGCCAAAGUUCCCCAAAGACACUGGUACACCUGGAGUCCUAUCGGUGCAGGAGAGUGGGGCAAUCCUAGAUCAAGCUACCUGACCGGAGAUCCCUGCUGGACACGCGUGACCUCGGCACGAGCUGGCGACGUCAUCGGUGACGGCGUGCACGUUGGCAUAGUGACUGGCUACAGGCUCACCACGAGUGCACGGUAUGAUAAAGUUGUGAGGAACGACUUUGGUUUCCGUUCCUCUCAGAAGCCAAUGACAGUGUGGCGUUACACAUGCUGAAACAGCAGCUACAGAUGUAACUGUACUCAGUGGCACAAUAAAACUCACAGAAGUCA